GCGAGCGGGCCUCUCAGUCUAAUUUGAACCGUCGCGCGCGCCCGACGCGGGGCCACCGACGAUCUCUCUCCCUUCCUCCGGCUCUCGUGACACGCGAGGUAGGCGCCUCGUGUGUGCAUGCCGCGUGCGACACACGCGACUCGAUCCCCCCGUCGUCGUCGAUAUCUCGCGUCUGGAGCCGCAAGAUCAUCUACGCGAGAGGAAGCGGUUUCUCGCGCGCGCGUGCGAGAGAGAGAUAAAAAGAAAAGGGAGAAAGUGUUUGAGAAACAGAACAAAGUAAGUGCGUGAUAACGCGCUCGCGGUUGACAAUUACGUGCAACGUGAAUCGGCGAAAGUACUGUGUUCCGAGAAACGAAAUGAUCGUAUGUAACGGGACGGGCGCGCGCGCGAGAGAGUGGUGAACAGCGGGCGAAAAGAGUGUAGUAAGUGUGAAUAGAGUGUAGAAAAGCGAACGAACGAGCGUGCGGGCGGCCGCAAGAACCGAGAGAGCAGUAGCGGGCGUCUCGUGGGUAUAUUUAAAUAGUGUCCCGGCUGGUCAGAGAGGAAACCGACGCUUUCUUCAUCGUCAUCGCCGCCGUCUCUUCUUCGUAUUCCUCUUCUCGUGUCCGACGUCUCGACGCCCGAUUCGACCCGUUUCACUCUCUCUCUCUCUAUUUCGCUUUUCCCGCUCUAUCGAGUGCAACGCGAUACGGUGUCGCGGACAGCGCGAGAGGGUAACAGGAGCUCCUGGAAUUCCGUUCGAUUCGAUGUCGAAUCGGAGGGGAUCGACGUUUCUAGUCGCGGGUGUUCCCUGCUGCAAGGUCGAUCAGUUCCGUCUGCCUAUUAACGCGAGUGAACACAAAGAUUAGACAACUAACCUCUCGUGAUUCGGCCGGAAGCCGGUAUUUGUCGAUUAUCAAGAAUCAAGAUCCGAUCUCGUGCGAAAUUGUGGAAGAACUCGCAGUACAACGUUCGACGAGGCCGUCCUGGUUUAAGUCGGCUCAGAAUGAUUGUGCCGAUCGCGAAUCAUAAUGAUCAGAAUCUAUAAAAGAUCGAUACUGGUUGUCGCGUCCGCGAUCGUCGCAGCCGCCGGCCGGGAUCAUCUGCGAUAAUACAACACCUUCCCGUAGAGAAAAAGGAAGAUAUAAAAGAAAGAGACAGAAGCGGCCGCAUGGUGCGGCUCGCCACGGCUGCUACCUCCGCCGGCUUCGAGGAUGAGGAGAAUGAUAUCGCGUAGGAUGAAGACGAAUGUCGAAGAAGCCUCGACGUUCCAUUAUCGAUGGUACAACAUCUCGUGAAGAGCCUGAAGAUCCGGGAGAGCAAGCUGAUAGACAAUCCGAUUUGGUGGCUAUUCGAACGUGCGGGACGACGAAUAGCGGAGUCGGGGGUCGUCUCUAUUACAAGCAGUGACUAAUAUCGCGCGGGGAAGAAGCAGCGAGAAAAUUAAAUUGAAGAAACACAGGACUUAAUUAAACAUAGGACUCGCAAGUGUUUACGACGAAGUGAAAGGGGCUCGCUCUCCGAGCUCCGAAGAAGAGGAAGAGGCGGAAGGAACGCGUGCCUCUGUGCGAGUCGGGGUGACCGAGGCGUCGACCUCACCCCCGAAUCACACCGCUAACCAGGUUGGAUGAUGUGGGCGCCUCUGCUUUUGGCCGGGUUCUUAAGCGGCUGGUGGGGCGCACUGGUGCUCGCUGCAGCACCCCCCGCCAUUCGGGACACCCUCGGGGCAACGACGAGCAGCAUCACCGAGACGAGGCAUUAUCGUCCACCGUUGAUGAGCGUAGUGGACGAGGACGUGCGCGAAAUUACGGUGUCUCAAUUGCGAGGAGAUACUCUCCGGCAAUAUACGUCGUCCGACGUUCGUCCUGCUCGUCGCGACCUUGACAAGGUCCCGCCGGUCGAGCUGAGCCCAGUGGACCAGGAAGAAAAAUUCUCCUCCAAAGGGAUAGAACAUUCUCCGGAGGAUGAGGCGCGACAUAUCUCGCGCCACCUCUCGAUCCAUGGAGGAUCGUCGCUCGAGAUGGAUCUCGGAACUUCGAUCACAUCGAAUCCCACGCGAACGGUGGGUCCCGCGAAGGAGACGAAGGAGCACGUCCGCCGCGCCUUUCACCCGGAGAUAAACGAGUCCGGUCUGACUCGCGCGCCCCGUCACUCCUCGACUCAGGCACCCUUUAUGUAUCCGCCGGCUAUGGCGGAAUCGUCGAUGGAGCGGCCGCGGAUCGCUAGAUCGGUCAAGCAACGACCAAAGAACCGCGCCAAGGCGGACUCGCCGCGCGAACAGCGACGUCGCUGCAGGAACAAGGAACGUAGCUGCCGCGGUCAGAAUUGGUGUCCCGACGUCGACGUCGGUAAUCGAGCCUAUCUGGCGCCCACGGUGUUCGAGGGUAAAGUACGCAGCAUGUCCUCGCUGAGGAAGCCCGGUUCAAACUACGCGGUGACCUUCGAGGUGAAGCAGGUCUACAAGAGCCAGCCGGGCUUUCAGCCGCUGCAGAAGAAUGACAGCGUGCGACUUCACUUUCGCGACAAAUCGGCUCCCGGCAAAUCGACCGUGUGCAACGGCCACGAAACCGGCAGCAAGGCCGGCAAGCAGCAGCGCGAUAAUCCGAGUGGUGUGGUGCGAGCCAAUAUUAAAAGGGGCAAAGUGUAUCUAGUGUUUGUGAACCGCGUGGGACCCAGGAAUUUCACGAUCCUUGGCCCGCCGGUGAUCCGAAGCAAGAAGAACGAGCAGGCCGUCCAGGCUGUCGUUCGACCAGAUUACGUGCGAGAAGUUACGUUGUCCGAACUCAGGGACUCGAUAGCGAGGUUACGGGAGAGAGUGAAGCUAGUAUGCAGGACGAGGGGCUCGCCGCCCCCGAGAGUGCACUGGUUGAAGGACGGUGUACCGCUGCACCCCCGAAGAGGCCUCAGGAUUCAGCACAAACGGCGGAGAUCGAAAGUCGUGAUAUCCUCCGCGAAGCCUGAGGAUAGUGGCAGAUACGAAUGCGUGGCUGAGAGUACUUCCGGUCAUCGGGCCUCACUCGCAGCCCAACUUCUAGUCGCUCAUGAUACCAGAAUUCCGGAAACAA